UUGCAGAAAUGCAAAACUUGUUGCUGGUUCCCUGAAUGCGUUGAUCUCACACAGCGCCAAGCGCCAGACAAGAGUGUGAUCUAUCUCUGAAUUGCUCCAAGCUGGAAUAGACCACAUCAGAAUCGGGAGCAAAAGGAGUGCGUUAUAGCAUACAGAGUGAGAGAGUGAGGGAAACAGCCGAUAGAGGUUCCGCGCCUUCUGCGCGCUUGGAGGGCACAUGACCAGGACCGGUUGGACUAUGCUGUCAAGCCGCUCUGUGAUGGUGGAGUGCGGGUAGUGAGUGCUGGAGGCUCCGGGACACGGUGGUGCAAAAGCGGCUCUCCAGAUAGCCAUCAUGACUGGGCUGGAUUUCCCCCCCGGACUUGUAGAAUUGCUUAUAGUUCAGUAAUAAGACAUUUCACACAGAACUGUGGGAAAUGUUUUCUUUUGAUUGCAAAACAACGACCAAUUAGAAUUGUGGAGGUUGCCGGGGGAUUUCUAUAGAAUGGGAUCUUGAAAGGACACUCCAAACUGUGCGUCCUGGGACAUUUGACAACGAACUGGAAUAAUGAAGUGGACGAAGAAGAUAGUUGUGUGUUUAUUUCAGUUUUCAUAAGCCUUGUGAUCUCUGUCAUCAUAAAUCAAAAAAGGUUUUUUUGUCAAGUUUGUAAAGAAGAAAUUUGCUUAGAAAACUUUGGAAUAUGAUAUUAUAUCAAAGUCACAUUGCAAGCGAAAAAUAUUUUGUAUCAUUUGUAAAUUAAAGGAAUAAACAAGACGCCUAUAGAAAUAGACGGAAACGAGCAAGGACAGACUGUAUUUGCUUGCUUCGUUGUCCUCUCCGGUUUAUUUUCGCCACAACACUUUAGGGACAAGUUGGAUAUUGGAAAAAACUAUGAAAACUUAUUGGGUGAGUUAUUUAAGAUCCAUUGGCUACGUUUUAAAUCAGAACUUUUAAGAUAUCAAAAUAUCUAUUGAGGCAUUCUCUUAUAUUUUCGUUUUUGCCCUCUUUUUUGUGUGGAGAUUCACAGAAAAACAGACUAAAGCUAGACUGCCUAUGCCAGGCGAGCUGGCUGUCAUGCAGGAUUGAUAUCGGGAAGUAUGUUUGGGCUGGAGCAGUUUGGUUCUCAGAUUAAUAGCAUAAACCCUAGCCAGUCAGAGAGAAACAUAAACCAGCCAAGACUGAACAUGAGCUCCCAUUACAAAAGCCCCGGCUUUCAUACCGGAGGCCCGCCGGGAGCCGCGGAGCCGGGCAUGGGCCCUUUGAACGAGCCUCCGAUGCUCGGGCUCAAUAUGAACAUGAAUGGGGAGCAGUACGGUGGCUUUCACCCGCGGGGCCACUCGGACAUGCAUGCAGGCAGCGGACUCCAGCAGCAACAGCAGCAGCAAGGACCCAUGCAUGGAUUUUUCAACAACCAGCAACCUCAUCAAGGCCAUCCCCACGGCCACCAGUCUCACCCUCACCAACACCACCCUCAUUUCAAUGGGAACUUUGGAGGCCCAGACCCAGCAUCAUCCUGUCUGCAUGGUGGCAGAUUGAUGGGCUACAACAACAGUGGCAUGGGGCCUCAGCAGGGCUUUGGAGAGGGGUUUGACCCCAUCGCUGAGGGCCAAGCAGGGGACGGCUUCUCCCAGCAGCAGCAGCAGCAGCAGCAGCAGAGAUCUGGUAACAUGUCUGAGUUCCAGCACAACGGCCCCCCUAAUGGCAACCACGCUGUCCCUGCCCCCUGUCUACCCCUGGACCAGUCACCUAACCGGGCAGCAUCCUUCCAUGGUCUGCCCUCCUCUUCCUCCUCAGAUACCCAUGGUCUUGAGCCUCGACGGAUGCCCAAUCAGGGUGCUGUGGAGGGAUUAGAGUAUCAUUUCCCCAGCGAACCCCCAACUGGACAUUUUGAAGUACCUGUAUUUUCCCCCUCAGAAUCAGAGUCUCAGCUUCCCCACUUUGGGACAGGAAGGCCGGUGGCCGGUGGCAGUUUCCCUGGAAACCCUGCCAUGGCUCGGACACCGGGUAUGCAGGGCAUCUCCAAAGGGCACCAGCAGCCACCCCCACAGCCCCAGCAGCCUCAGCCUCCCCCACAGCACGGAGUAUUUUUUGAGCGCUUUGGGAAUGGCCGUAAGAUUCCCGUGGGGAUGGAGCUGGGGGUCAGUGCUAGACACCCUCUCAUGCAGCAGCAGGCUGGUUUGAUAGCGCGACAGAACUCAUGCCCCCCUGGCCUCCCCCGGCCUCCCCAGUCUGAGCCGGGCUCCAUUAACCCCAACAUGCUGGACGGUGGCGUCAUGAUGCCUGUCCAACACAACCAGUUUGAAUAUCCUAUUCACAGACUGGAAAAUAGGGGCCUGCACCCCUAUGGGGACCCCAUGUUUAAUAUGCAACAGCCGGCUCCCCCUCCUCCCGCCCAACAGCCUCCGAAUCAGAGGCUGCAACAUUUUGACUCUCCUUAUAUGAACAUGGCUAAAAGGCCAAGAUUUGAGUUCCCUAACGCACACGGAGGGGAAAAUUGUGGCACGUGGGGUAGUGGCAUGCACAAUGUGCAGGGAAUGGAGAACCACCUCUCUCCCUCGGCCUACCCUGGCCUUCCAGGUGAGUUCACCCCACCUGUAACAGACGGUUUCCCCCCGGGUCCACUCCAGCACGCUGGGCCUGAGCAGCAGUCUCUGCAGCAGCGGCAGAAUGCGGCCAUGAUGAUCAAGCAGAUGGCCUCUCGGAACCAGCAGCAGAGGAUGAGGCAGCCCAGCCUGCAGCAGCUGGGUCACCAUGGCGACGUACCUCCAGGCCCCAUGAUUCAUGGAGGCCCAGUGGGGAGCAUGCCUCAGCCCAACUUUGACAGGGAGAAUGGGAGCAGGAUGCCCAACUUUGAGGGUCAGAGCCCUCAUAUAACUCAGGAGAACUGGUUCCCCGGUUCUCACCCACCAGGAGAGAUCAUGUCGCGGCGUAUGGGGGUAACGGGUGGGGAGGCUGUAGCCCACGACAUGGGGCUGCAGCAGAACGGAGUCGGUAUGAUGUUCAGGCCGGGCAUGAAUGGGAUGGGCAUGCAGGAGCCAAUGAGGAUACCUGGAGAUGGACACGUACAGGCUCUCCACUCUCCUGGUAUGCACCCCCCGUUUGGCAACAACAUGGGCAAUCUCUCCCAGAUGCAGUCCCCCGGAGCCGGGGUAGGACACCCCAACGCACCAUCAGAGAGGCGGCCGACUGACUUCCCUGCCGGGCCUCCCAUGGGAUCUCAAUCAACGUUUCCUUAUGGAGGGGUUAACCGUCAGGGGGCACCACAUAGCAAUCCCCAGGGGGUGAACACCUCACCAGGGAGCUACCCUCCACAGUCUGAGUUCCCCCCAGGCCAGCGAUCCUCUGUCAGUAAACUUGGGGCACUCUCUCUGGGGAACUUUAGCAAAACCAGCACUAAAGACAAUGUUUUUGGACAGAGCUGCCUGGCGGCCCUUUCCACAGCCUGCCAGAACAUGAUAGCUAGCCUAGGGGCCCCCAACCUAAACGUAACAUUCAACAAGAAGAACCAAAAUGAGGGAAAGCGAAAACUGAGUCAGACGGAGCAGGACAUUAAUAGCAGCACAGUUAACGGGACCGGCAGUGCUGGUCCUGAGUAUUUUCAGAGUGGCACUUCCCAGAACAGCCAGAUGCCUGGCAACGGGAAUAGCAACAUUAAGCCUGCAGGUCAAAACCAGACGCUGCAGGGGGAAGCCAGUGCCCUCUCCCCAAAUUACAACAUGGACGCUACCCCAUGCAGUGAGGGGAAAGCAGCAACAGGGAAUGGGAGAGGGAGAGGGAGGAGAAAAAGGGACAGCGGGCAUGUGAGCCCUGGGAUCUUUUUUUCCUCUGACAGCGGAAACCCUGUUGUAAGUCCAGGCCAGCAACCCCCUUCAGCUGGCGUUGGGGAGAGGGGUGGGGGUACGCCCCAUGAGAAACCCCUCCCAUCCCCCUCCUGGGGAAAGGGAGGUGACCUUAUGCUGGGGGACCAGGCAGACCUGAUGUCUUCUCUGGACAGUGGCAUUCAGAGUGUCACCAAGUCUAACAGUAACUCACCGCGCAUAGAUUUUCCUGAUGAUGUCAGCGCCCACUACGGCAACGAGGAUGAGGUGUCCUCUAGCUCAGAUGCAGGAGGUGCUCCUGCCUCCAAGCCCAACCGCAGCCCGCACAUCACCGGCUCACCCAAGCUGCAAAGGGGGGAACAGGGCCUGAUGAAUGGGCAGAAGCCCCUAGGCAUGCAGGACAUCACCAAUCACACUACCUCGACACCCGACAGCUAUGGACUGAGUGCUGGUGUGGGGACAAGUGGCAAUGGAGUCGGUCACCCGGGCACACCUGGGAUGGAGCAGGUACGCACUCCAUCCAGCACCUCUGGCCAGGAUGACAUCCACCCUCUGGAGAUACUGCAGGCCCAGAUCCAGCUGCAGCGCCAGCAGUUCAGCAUCUCAGAGGACCAGCCCCUGGGCAUGAAGAAUGGCAAGAAGAGUGGUGACUGUCUCUCACAGAACGGAGACAAUGAGCUGGCGAGCUGCAGCCCGGAUGCUGGGAAGGGCUCAAUGGGCACUAUUGACCUUGACACUCUGAUGGCAGAGCAGCACGCCACCUGGUACGUGCCCAGUGACAAGGCCCUGAUGGAUGGGCCAGAAGACGACAAGGCCAUGGCACCCUGGGAAAAAAACAAGAGCCAGAAUAACAGCAAAGAAGUUUCCUAAGCGCGUCUUGCAACCUGAGGGGGAGGUGUGUGUGUACGAGGGGAUGGCUGAAGGGAGAGAGUUUACUAGAGAAGGGGUGAGGAGGAGCGACCGGGCCAAGGCCUGCCUGCCUGGGCAAGUUUUUUUCCUUCUUGUUGCAGGCCAGGGAACAGAGAGGAAAUUCAAACCAAAAUAACCCCUGUGCCCUCGCUUGAAAAAUGUGCCCCCUCCAUAUCCACCCUUCUCUGAGGGGAAAGGUCAACCUGUGGCAGUGGGGUUGAGUAGGGGUCGGAGAAGGCUUCCCAUGCCAUACUCCCCCACCCCAACUACCAAACCCCAGGCAAACAUCAGAUACCUGGGUCAUACCUCCAGUAGUUCCCGUAUUCCUCACACAGGGAUUCCUGUAGCCCCUCACCAAGUUGAAAGCAGAUAACUUAAUGAUUUUGUAUAUAUAUAUUUUGGUGAUUGGGAUUUAAUGUGAAGCCUUAUUGCUCUGCUGGUCGGUCUGCUUAGUGCAGUAGAGAGGCGCCGGAUCACAGGUCCUGCUCUUAGGUACCAUGAACCUUCAGGAAAAGUGUUAAAGACCUAAAUGACUAACCUUUAAAGUAUGCUCUAUGAUAACAGAAAUGUUACAACAUUUUUCUGUGUUCUUUACCAUCACUGAAAAAACAGACUUUGUAUCUGUGCAUUGUGACGUGUGCAUUGUGACGUGUGCAUUGUGACGUGUGCAUUGUGCUCCCGAACUUAGAAUCUUCUCUAAUGUCCUUAGUGUUCGUUUUUUAUCAUAGAGAUCCUAUUAAAUUAAAUGUGUAUUCUAAUUUCUAAUUCUAUGGUUGUUAUGCUAAAUAAAUCUGAUCUGAAUUUACUCACUGUCACAGGAGCAGAGGCCUCUAGGUGUUUUUACCAGAGAGCGGCGAAGGCUGAUUGGGCUGGUUGUGUUCGGUAAAGGUUAGGUCGAGUCCCGGGGAGCACAGGGUUAAAGGUGAAGUGUCGUCAUAGAAGUAUAGCUUGGGAUAGAAUGGACCUCGGAAAUCAAUGUGACGGCUCUGUGAAAUUCUCUGGCUCCGAAAGAGAGACUAGCGAACACCAAGACACACAUAUACAUGGUCUUAUUUAGCAUAUACUUUGUUUCUAAUGCACACACCUGCACAAGGACUUGGUACACAAUGUGCAUUUAGCUAUCAUAACACUUCAUUUUUAACUGCAUUUACAACAUAAUAAUUACCAUUAGCUUCAUCAGUUUACAUUAAUCGUUUAAUAAAAUGUUUAGGUUGACAAUUAUAGUUAGAUUGUGAGAAUAUGACAUUUAUUGUCGUUCAAUAAUGGUUCCUUCCCAGUGUUGUUUACAGACUUAGAGAACUGCACAAGAUUCAGGCCGUCAGCUUCCGACAUAUUGGUGUCAGCCAGACAGAGAAACCGAAACAGAGCAGUGUGCUGUGCUGUGUGUUUUCUCUUCACAGCACGCUAGUGGAAAGCAUUGUUCAUCUGUGUAUAUCGUCACGAGCUGUGUCUGUUUGUCUGUGUGACGGCUCUAUAAGCCUACGUGGAGGAGUCACACUGUAAAUCACACACUUUUAGAAAGAGGAGAGGAAUAGAGGUGGAUUAAAAAACGGAGCGUUUGAAUUGCCUUGGUUAUCUUUUUCGACUUGUAAUAUGGUUAGGGAUAUUUAACUGUAUUUGUGGUUCAGCUUAGUUGGUUGUGAUAUUAUUGUUUUCUUCUUUAUUGGGUAUUCGCCCUGUGUGAUGCUAAGCACUCGUUCUCUGAGAUUAAUAGCCUAUCACUGAGAUAUUACUGUGGAUAUGAACAGUACGCUGCAUGGCAAAAUAAUGCGAGUCAUUGAACAGCCUUAACAAGGUUUUAUUGAAAAAAGAUUCCACAGCUUGUAAAAUGUCACGGUGAUUUGGGAUUUAGGCCUGUGUGAUGUAGAAUUUCACACUGCCGUUUCCACUUUUGAACAAAUAUGGUGCCGUGGAUAAUGCUUAACAUUUAAGUGUAGCGUGUAGAUUUUCCACCAAAAUUCCAUCUCUCUCGGCUCCCAGGGUAUUACCUAGAAAUAUCCACAGAUACACUACGAUUGACUGGCUUACUCCUUAAAUGGAGAGCUUUGUGUUUUUUUAUUAAGAAAAUGUUUUUCUGCUUGUAAUAAUACAAUUUGAGAGGUACAGUGUUUUGAUUAAAAAAACAUAUAUUUUUUUUAAACUAGGAAACUGGUGGCAAUCACUACAUUGUAAAUGAUUGUUUAUGUGAAAGUAUUUUUUAGGGAACCAAUAUCAUUGGUAAUGCUAAUGUUUUUAUUUUGAUAAAUAAAGUAACGUGGUCACAUGAGCUCACGUCUGAGCAUGGCCCUGGGACAGUGGGAGUGGAUGCUUUUGACUGUGUGUUUACAGUCCUUGUCCUUGCAUGUAUGAGGCUGGGGGCCAUGUCUGUCUGUUUUGGGACCAUGCAGACUGUGUGUGUGUGCAUGCAUGUGUGUGGAGCGGCAGCUGAGGGCUGGUGUGGAUAUGGCAGCAGUGGCGGUGGUUGGCGGUGUGUUUUGUGGCUGUGUUGUCAGAUUGCUGUGUGUCAGCAGAGAGCCAGGGGAACGCUUGGCUGCCUAUUCAGGCCGGUGUGGACCCUGCUGUGCCCAGCUACCAUGGGCUGUCGGCGGGUGCUAGAGGGCACAGUGCUGGGGAUGGGAGUGGGGGGUAGGAGGAAGCACUUGGAGAGGGGGUUGUGGUCC